CUGAUAGUUUUGUGAAAAAAGAAGCAGCAAGUAUAAAGAUAAUUCAAGCUAAGAAAGUUAGUUGUAAAGAGAUAGAAUACUACCUAAAAAAAAUAUUAGAUUGUGAACUUCCAACUAAAGAAACCAAAAAAAAAUUGCUUAUUAAAUUACUAGAAGAUAAAAAAAAUGAACAAACAAUUAUUGAAAUACCUAAUAUACAACCACCUAAAAGAGAUAAAGCUAAAGCAUCAAAAUUACAACUUUCAAAACUUUGUUCUUGGUUACCAAAAGACUAUUUUAUAAAAAUAAAAGCUGACUUUGCACCACAUCUUGAAGAAAAUAGAAUUGCGGAAUCAACUACCUGGUCACAUUUAGGAUAUACAGUUAGAGAAACCAAUUUAAAAGCUGUUGAAUCUAAUACCCGUAUACAAGUUGAAAGUAGUGCUGAUGAAUUAGAAACAUUUCAUCAAAAUAUUAAUGAAAUGGCUAAAGAAUAUAGUAGUUCUAAUAAAGAAAAUAUAUAUUCAUUUGAUUUGGAAUCUGAUGAAGAUUAUUCUAAUACUAUAACUAUUAAUAAACCAUCUACUUUUAAUAGUUGUAUAACCUCAAACACUAGCAAUAAUAUGAUUUUUGCAUCGGAUAAUUAUAUACCUUUCGCCUCUAAGAGUUAUAAAAACUCUCUUACCAAUUAUAUUGUAUCUGCUUCUAGCAGUGAUGAGGAAAUAACUGAAAAUACUGAAAAGACUAUAUCUCAAAAUUAUGAAGGUACAGUACUAUAA